AGUGGCUACAUCCGAACCUUCCGCCAUGAACAACAUACUUUCUUCCCUCAUGGCCUAACUGCCCACCAUAACCAACAACGUUGCAACCGGCCCGCCUGUCCGAUUUGCGCCUCGCUUCCUCAAGCAAACUCAUAUCAUGGCGCUCCGGCUCGGGCGGUCGGCGCUGAUGGUGCCCCGACCUACGAAGUUCCUGGUGUUCAUGUCAUUACGCACUGGAGUACAGCUUAUCCUCCUAACUCACCUCAUCAACAAAGUCACUGGCCUCUACGGUAUCCUCGCCCUCCUUACCGGGUACCCAAUCUCCGCGUUUCAGCUUUCCAUGUACAUCUAUUCUCUUGUUGUCCUCGCUGCUACAGUCUAUCUGUCACCGCAUAUCAAGACUGGGUCAGCAUGGCAUUGUCUUGCCUUUGCGCAAAUGUACGCCAUCGACACUGUGAUCAACGCUGUAUACACCGGAUUCUUCGCCGUCGCAUGGUUCAUGGUUGUCGCUAGUCAUGACAAUCGCACAAGUACGCCCGGCGGCAAGACCUUGAGCGAUGCGAGCGGAUUCACGAACCCGAAGCACAAUGUCAGCCAUGUUGAUGUGAUUGCUACUCCAGCGGAUGGCGCAAAACCAGCCCAAGAUGCGGUGGUUGGCGGCUAUCCUGCAGAUUCACCAGCCAGUGGAGGACCUGGCCUAUGGGCUGCAUUUACAGGUCCAGGAAGCAUGAUGAGUCUUGCUAUCAUUGGCGGCUUCUGGAUUCUUCGCCUCUACGCUGUUUUCGUCGUUAUGGCUUAUGCGCGCCAAAUGCUGCAUCAUCACAUCCAAGUUACGAGCACGCACAAUUACAACCUAUACGAUGGCAGCCAGAGCUCAGAUCUUGCCGAGAACCCGUUUGAAGCGCAUAAGGAGGAUGGCCAAGGCUGGCAGGGCAAGCUUGGCCGAGUUAUGGUUGGCCUUGGACGCAGCUACUGGCUUGGUCGUGAUGCCGAAGACGAUAUUUGGCUGCGAACCAUGGGCAGUAAGUUUAAUCGUAAGCAUGUGGAUGUAAGUCCACGUGAGCGUGAGAGGCGGCGUCGCGCGGGCACUGGCCCCCCAAAGCCGUCACCGCAUCUGGUGAAGAGCCCGUGAUCCAGAUGGCUUUACCUAGAGAGAUCUCAUGUAUGAACCACGAGGAGUGAUCAUGGAAGCUUGCUGGGGUUGCUAUAAUUGCAAAGGCAUUUGGCGUGGCGUUCUGCAUAGGAAAUAUUGGACGGUAAUGCUGGCCACGCGCUCUAUUGGAUUGCGCGCUCGCCGUCCUCUCGCUGUUUUGAUAAGCUUAGAAUUGAAUUGAAAAAUCCCUCAGACCUGUCCACAAUGUAAAUGGAGAUCUCUCGC